AUGGUCCAGCAUUUGACAUUCUAUCUUAAGCUUACCUAUAAUACAGUCUCUAACAAAACUAGGCUGUUCUUAACCCCUGGUUAUAGAAUUAUUUGUCUUUAUAUCUAUGCACCAACAUCUGUAUGUGGUAUGUACUCAAGCCGACUUCAAGGAGUUCAUGCUGCGAGACCUAAAGUCCUUAUGAGAUUAUCUAAAAUGAAAAACCAUGUCAGGAGGGCCUGUGGUGUUUCCACGGGCACCAAUUGUGUCCAUGACAGGAUCCAAUGUGAGUUUCUUACUGAAAAGUAG